GGGUCCAUCUCUCACCCGAACCUGAGCUUGUGCAGCUUGGUCCCGGUUUAUUCAGUCAACUCCUUCCCCCCGUAGGCCAAUUCUGACUCUGAUCUCUCAUCGUUGGUACUUGGCAGAAAAGUGAUGUAAUGGCGCUAGACAAGAAAAAGAAACAAAUGGAGCUGCCUGGGCCGCCUCGGCGCUGGACUUGUCCAUCUGUCUACGGACACAAGAACGCCGCUUCACCAGUGGAUAACGAAAGCCUUGCCCAACGACGGCCAGGUACCGGCGGAGUCAGUUCCAGGCCCGAACCGCAAGUCCACUUGAUGAAGUCGGGAUGUCCUGGCUGUCUCGGGGCAAGGCUCUCAGCCCUAAACUCUUUGAGGAUCUCUAGGGGGGAUAGCAUGAUUGAUAUCAUCUAGUAUACGAAAGGUAUAGAGAUCAAAUGGCUAUCAAAGCUGUUGAGAGAACAGUAUGGAUGAUAUGGUUCCGGUCAAAGCCAACCUUCUAUCUUAUAUAGUGUAAAUGCAAAUUAUGGGACGGGGCUAAAGCGGCACGCGACCUGUCAUCCGGCC